CUUUCUGCAACAUACUGCUGCACCAGAGGAAGAAGACAGCUCAGGAUUAUCAGGUUUCAGGUGCGAUACGCAGUCCGCCGUGCCAGUGAGUCCAGAACCCAUCACUGCAAGGCUUGGCACCUCCUCCGGUUCCCCAGCCGGGAUCGCCCGCAAAUAGUAAACUUUGUAGCAUACAAAAAUUUGUUAUAUACCUCUACGAAGCAUUGGCUAAACGGGACCAGAUCAUCUUUUGCUUAACUUGUUCAAACUCAUUGAAGGGUACAUUGUUUUAUUGACAUCUUGCUGCCAAUAUGUCGUACGACUCAUGGCAGAGCCCAUUAGGGGCCCGAUAUGCCAGCAAAGAAAUGCUCACCCUGUUUUCGCCGCGCACGCGGUCGGAAAACUGGCGCCAACUAUGGAUCUGGCUGGCGGAAGGGGAGAAGGAGCUCGGUCUUGACAUCUCCGACGAAGCAAUCAGCCAGAUGAAAGCGGCCAAGACCAUGACGGACGAGGAUUUCCAAGUUGCAGCGGUGGAGGAAAAACGACGCCGUCACGAUGUCAUGGCACACGUCCACGCAUUUGGUCUACGAGCGCCCGCGGCGGCCGGAAUCAUCCACCUGGGCGCUACCUCGUGCUACGUGACGGACAAUGGUGACUUGCUGUCGUUGCGUGAGGGCCUGUCUCUGCUCUUGCCCAAACUCGCCAAAUGCAUCAAGAAGCUCUCCGACUUUGCUGUGGAAUACAAGGCUCUUCCCUGCCUGGGAUUCACCCAUGGCCAACCGGCCCAGCCUAUCACGGUCGGAAGACGAGCUAUCCAGUGGAUUGAAUCUCUGCUGAUGGAUUUGAGAAACCUCGAGCGAGCCCGGUCCGACAUUCGCUUUAGAGGAGUCAAAGGAACAACAGGCACGCAGGCAUCAUUCCUCGAAUUGUUCCAUGGAGACCACGAAAAGGUUAAGAAGCUCGACGAGCUGGUUACCAAGAAGGCAGGCUUCAGCAAGAGAUCUAUCGUCUCGGUACAAACCUAUAACCGCAAGCUCGACUUCGACAUUGCCAAUGCUCUGGCGUCAUUCGGUACAACCUGCGAACACAUCGGUACCGACAUCCGUCAUCUGGCAAUGCUGAAAGAACUCGAAGAGCCGUUCGAAAAGGACCAGAUCGGGUCUUCUGCCAUGGCCUACAAGCGGAAUCCCAUGCGAUCAGAACGCAUGUGCUCGCUCGGCCGAAAGUUGGCUUUCCUCCCUCUCGGGUUCGGAGCCACCUACGCCCAUCAAUGGUUCGAAAGAUCCUUGGACGAUUCGGCCAUUCGACGAAUAGACAUUCCGGAAAUGUUUUUGAUCGCCGAUGCAUUGUGCAUCCUCCUCGAAAACGUGUCUUCAGGAUUGGUCGUUUAUCCUGCGGUUAUCAACAGCCGUCUGCAGCAAGAAUUGCCGUUCAUGGCCACUGAAACCAUGAUUAUGCGUAUGUGCGAGAAGGGCGCGAGCCGACAAGAAACCCAUGAGCAGAUCCGGGUUUUGUCCCAUCAAGCAGGCGCUGUGGUGAAAAAGGAAGGCAAGCCCAAUGAUUUGGUAGAGCGGGUUCGCAAGGAGAAAUUCUUCGAGCCGAUUUGGAGCGAACUGACAGAGGACGAUCUGUUGAACCCUGCCAAGUUCAUUGGCCGUUCCCCCGAACAAGUGGACGAGUUCGUCCAAGAGGAGGUCGCACCAGCGCUGGAUCCUUACAAGGACCAAAUCCAGAGUGUGGCGGCCGCGGAGAUUCAUGUGUAAAUAAACAGCAAAAAAUCAGUCCCUCCUUGGACGUAUCGGCAUGAUUUUGAGAUUCAGAACUGCUGUAGUUUCGUCUCUAGGAGAAGCGUGGCACUUCUCGGCUCGUACCUUGCUGCCGCCGGGCCGUAGGAUGUCUGCCUUCAUCGUCCGAACCAAAUGGUACGCUUCAAUCCGUCAUGUCGUGAAUCAUUUUCCACAACUUGAUUUGCUCCUCCAUUUUCGCGUCGUCUGAAGCAUGCCCAGCUGAAGCACCAUCCGCC